UUUACUGUCAAACCAGAGCCCAAGACCAGAGCUGGAUUCUUAAAAUAUUCACUUGAAAUCACACUGGAUCCAAACACAGCACACACAUACCUGGUAUUAUCUGAGGGGAACAGGAAAGCAACAUUCAGGCAAAUAGAACUGUCUCAUUCUUCUCACCCAGACACAUUCUUUAUCUUUUGUCAGGUCCUGAGUAGAGAGAGUCAGACUGGACGCUGUUACUGGGAGGUGGAGUGGAGAGGGGAGGCAGUUGCUGUAGCAGCCGCAUACAAGAAUAUCAUCAGAGCAGGGUUGUCGGAUGAAUGUGAAUUUGGCCACAAUGACAAAUCUUGGGCUUUAUAUCGUUACAACAAUAAGUAUCAGUUCUGGCACAACAACAUCAACACUCCUGUCUCAGGUCCUCAGUCCUCCAGAGUAGGAGUGUACCUGGAUCACAGUGCAGGUAUUCUGUCCUUCUACAGCAUCUCUGAACUCAUGACUCUCCUCCACAGAGUCCAGACCACAUUCACUCAGCCUCUCUAUGCUGGACUUGGGCUUUACUACCCUUCUGGAAGCACUGCUGAGUUCUGUAAACUCAAAUAA